GACGGGGUUUGCGCUUUCGCCUUUACUGGCCUUACGGGUUUCCGUAGGGACGCUCCAAGCAUGGCUACCUCCAUGUGCUAACGUGAGACUAACCUGAAAACCGACUCUGCACUGUAGCAGGAAGAAAACACCCACCAUACGACCACUUGUUUCUCCUUUAUAUCAAACUACCUGACAAACUAGUAAAGAAGAGUCCGACUGGAGGGACCUGUCACAGGCAGUGUUUCUUAAUGUUGGUGAGGACAUUUCGCCUCUUUCCCCUCAUCAUCUCCCAUCAUCUGUAUCCUUCCUGCACCCGUUGUGCAAGACAGACAAUCUGGUGGCGCUCAGGCAGUGCUGCUGCUGCUGCCGCUGCUGCCGCUGCCAGCAGGGAACAGACAUCCAUGGAGCCUCUAAAAACUGCCUCUGAAGUUCCCACAACCAAACCUCCUCCUCCCCCACCUUCCGGAUCUUCAGUAAAAGACACUGACCUGACAGCUAGAGACAUGGCAGCGGACACAGAGAAGACGCCUCCUGCUGGACUUUUACCCGGAGAGACAGUGGUCAAGGAGGGCAAGGCGGCAAUCUUGUUUCCCAGUGCCAACGAGGUGUUUUACAACCCGGUGCAGGAGUUCAACAGAGAUUUGACAUGUGCUGUGAUCACGGAGUUUGCCAGAGAUCUGCUGGCUCAGCGCGGCGUGAAGGUGGUGGUGCCAGGAGAGAAAGAGAGGGUGGUGGUGUCUCUGUCAGAGGAGACGAAUGAAGCCGACGUACAGAUGGAGGAGAAAAACGGAGCGGAGUCUCCAGCUGUGACUGCAACAGUGGGGGAGAAAUGUGAGAACGGUCUCCGUGUGCUGGAGGGUCUGGCGGCGUCCGGUCUGCGAUCGGUGCGAUUCGCUCUGGAAGUCCCGGGCCUGCAGAGCGUCACUGCCAACGACUUCUCCACCAAGGCGGCGGCGCUGAUCGCCAGGAACGCCCAGCACAACGGCGUCAGCCACCUGCUCCAGGCCAGCUGCAGAGACGCCAGUAUGCUGAUGUAUGAGAUGCGAGGGAGGAAGGAGCGUUAUGAUGUAAUCGAUCUGGAUCCCUAUGGGAGCCCUGCUUGCUUCUUGGAUGCUGCUGUGCAGGCUGUGAGUGAAGGAGGUCUGUUGUGUAUAACAUGUACAGACAUGGCAGUGAUGGCAGGAAACAGUGGUGAAACCUGCUACAGCAAAUACGGUUCAGUCUCCAUCAAAGCCAAAUACUGCCAUGAGAUGGCUCUUCGAAUCAUCCUCCACAGUUUGGACCAGAGGGCGGGGGUGUACCAGCGAUACAUCCAGCCCCUGCUGUCCGUCAGCGUUGACUUCUACAUCAGGGUCUUUGUACGCGUCUUCACAGGACAGGCCACAGUCAAAAACUCAGCCAGUAAACAGGCUCUGGUCUACAACUGUGUGGGCUGCGGGUCUUUUCACUUACAGAGAAUGGGCAGGAGGACCAGCAAUGGAAAACAUAUGAAGUAUUCUUGUGCCACCGGACCCCCAGUUGGACCAGAGUGUGAGCACUGUGGACAGAGACAUCAGCUGGGUGGUCCUCUCUGGGCGGAGCCCAUCCACGACUUGGCAUUUGUCCAAAAGGUUUUGUCUGCCGUGUCGGCGAACCCGUCCCGAUUUGGGACGUCCAAACGCAUUGAGGGCAUGCUCAGCAUGGUGACGGAGGAGUUGGAAGACGUGCCUCUUUAUUACACUGUGGACAGUCUGAGCAGCACGAUACACUGCAAUACUCCGCCCCUGCUCCAGUUUAGGUCUGCUCUCCUCCAUGCUGGUCACAGGGUUUCCCUCUCUCACGCCUGUAAGAAUGCCAUCAAGACAGACGCUCCUCCUGCAGCCAUCUGGGACGUCAUGCGAUGCUGGGAGAAGACCAAUCCUGUGAAGAGGGAGAAGCUGUCGGAGACGAGCCCGGCCUUCAAGAUCCUGUCCACUGAGCCCAGCUCAGAAGCUUGUUUCACUGUGCGGGAGGACGCCAACCCUCAGUCCCGUAAACGUCACCUGACCCGGUUCCAAGAAAAUCCACAGGCCUUCUGGGGACCCAAGGCUCGUGCCAAAGCCGGUGGCGGUGUCUCUAGUGACCUGCAGGACAAGAGGAAGAAGUGCCAGAACAAGAGAAAGAACCAGAUCACAGACUCUUCUGAGCUGAAAAACUUCCCCUGCAAGAAGUUCAAACAGGGAACAUGCACAUAUGGAGACAAAUGCUGUUACGCCCAUGACCUGGAGCAGCAAAACAAAGACCAAUGAUUGAUGAAUUUAUACAUUAGCUGUAUUCCUUUUUAAAAUACUUUUAUUUUUGAAGUGUGAAUGGCCCAGUGCAGCCUGGAUGAAGUGAAUAUGAUGCACUGCAGCCAGACGGACACAAACUUAAACUGUUAAUAUGCAGAACAUGUCCAUUAUUCAGUUUUAUGCCAGAGUUUCUUUUGAUGUUUUUGACUGUUGCUUCAGUCCAAUAAAGUCAUCCUGCUGACUUAAAAUGA